AUGGAAAAUAGUGAUAUAUUGGUGAAUCCAUUGGCUGCUUGCUCUAACGAAGAGGUUAGUAUCUCGAAUGAAAACAGUAUUUCGAGGAGCGUGAAGCCGAACGUUUCAAAUGUGCCAAAGGCUGAAGGACGCCCAUUUGCUCAGCGCUUCACAAGAUGUUCGACCGGAAUCACCCGUCUCAUUGCAGGCGGUUGCAACAGGGAAAACCAUUCGGUGAAGCGAGGCGUUGUCACUUGGAUAACAAAUCAGUAA